GAUUUUCAGGAGUGUACACACUGGAGACAGUGAAUUAGGGCGACUCAGCUGUUUAUUUGCCAAGAUAUCGUCCAGAUUUCUCCUUGUGAAAAGUUUUAUUUCUGAUGAUUUAGAUUUGCGGUAAAGGCACGUUUGACUUAAGCAGGUAGGCAUAAAUUGAAGGAGAAACUAAGAAUUGGAGGAGAAUCACUAUUGAAAAAUAAUAAGAAGUGUCAGAACAACAAUUGAACUUUAGGUGAAUACUUUCAGCCUUCUUGGAACAAAUUAUUUCUGGACCAAAGGAAGAGUAGGCACUAUACUCUUCUGCAAAAUGGAAAGCAAAGAUGAAGCCAGUGAUUCUGACAGUGGAGUCAUUCUCCAGUCAGGGUCAGACAGUCCACAGUCACUGACGAAAGAUCGGUAUCGGUCUGUCAUUUCACGUAAGCAAAUGCUGGAAGAAACACUUGAGAUUUAUUUGGAAGAACUGAAAAAAUUGUGUUUACGCGAAUCUGAGUUGACAGGGAAUUUGCCAAAGGAGUACCCAUUAGCAGAAGGGGAAAAGCCACCCACUGUGCGUCGCCGUAUGGGAACAACCUUUCAGUUGGAUGAGGAGACAAUUACAGCUAAAGGAGAGGACUCUGAACUUGCCUGUCUGGAAAGGGACUUCGCCUUGCAGUUACAGUUUGUGGAGGCAGCCAAGCGCCUUUCACAAGAAGGAAACCUAAGCAGGCAUAUAAGAAAACAAAGAAAACAUGCCUUUGUAAAAGAGCAAAAGAAACUAAACGAUAUCAAAAAAGCUAUAAAUGAGCACAGAGACAUGGUUGGUGGAAGAACACUGCAGACAAGUAAUGUAAUCGAAGAAUUGACUGCUUCUGAUGAUAGUUCUCUCGAAGAUGAUACUGAACGCAAUCACAGCCAAAAUUCAUCCACAGAGUUCUUGACAGCUGGGCAUGUGAUGCAAAGGAACAACUCUCCACUGCCUCCUCUGCAGCCCAGGAGGCCCACCCCACCCCAGACACUGGAAGGGCUUGCUCCCAUCUGUCAUCAGCACAGUGAUUAUGAAAAAUCACCUGUCAUGGACACAGCUUGGGUGGAGUCUAAUCUUGAUGAACCCUACGAGAAAGUGAAAAGAAGCUCCUCUUUGAGCAGCAAGUCAAGCAGUCCAGCAGUGACUCCAUCAGAUUCUGUACUGGGUGAUCUCUUACCUUUUCAACAUUUUGAAAUGAGGAACAAUCUGUAUCAGAAUCAAAGCUCAGUAAGUGCACCAUCAACUCCAGAACUGCGAGGACGCAUCCACCAUCAAACAGCGAGAUAUUUGGAUGUGAGCCCUUUCCCAGCACCACCUGAUCAAAGAGGCCGUAGCCUGUUUCCCCAGAGAAGACCAACAAAUUAUACUCUUACUGUGCCAGAUUAUCGUGCUGUAGGGAAUAAAAACAGUGAUCACUUACAUAUGAUGCCAUAUUCUUUGAGUGGAUACGCCAGCUCAGAAUCUAAUAGCUCUGGAACCUCAACUCCGACAUAUAUGCCAACACCUCAUGAACAUAAUGCAGCAGCAGCCAGGCAUUGGCAAAUGUACAACUCACCUAUAAACAUGGAAACAACCAUGUUACAUGGUAGUGGAUUUUAUCACUGUAAUCCAAGCCAACCUUUCUCCCAUUAUAGAGCAGUUGAGCGCAUAGAAGGAAAUGCAGCGAAACAUAUGUGGGAAAAGGAUCCAAAUCGACAAUAUGCCACUGUGCAAUACUUAAACCCUUCACUGUACCGAGAGUGCCAAUAUACUGAUGAGAAGAAUUCACUGACCGUGCAGCGAAUUACUCCAUCCCACUGCAGAAUUGUACGGACUCCUUCUCUAAAAGAAUACCCUAACAGAGGCUUGCUAAGAGAGGUUGUAUCAGAGGAGCUACAGUCAUGGCAUGAACGAACCAGGCAGAGAAAUGGACGUCCUCACUCACUGGACAGACAGGGUGCUUUUCGUGGUCCACGUACACAGAGCAGAAGUCGAGAGCAGUAUAUGCGUCGGCCAGCUUUCCCUAUUCAGAGGCACAUGCCGCACUGGGUCAAAGAAAGUCCACAAAACCAAUGGUACAUGUCGGAAGAAUCGGAAGUUGCAAGCCAGUUUUAAAGACUUCUGCAAGUCAAAAUUCCUGAUCAUCUAAAUGAACUGACUUAUCUAUAACAAUUACUGGAGCAAUCGUGCUCCUUGGCGAAGAAAUUUAGGCAUGCAGCAAGAUUUAUCCAAACUUGCAAUGCUACACACUACCAUUACCAGAGAUAUGAGUUUUACUUUGGGUUUCUGGAAUAAAACUGAGGAUGACAGCUGAGAUAUACUCUAAAUAUUAAUAUUCAUUUUUUAAAAAUGGGAUCUUUUUCCCCAUCCACUGGAAUGUUUAUGUUAAUCCUUCUGUACUCAUGGUGUCAAUUGUACUGUACAGGACUCUGGUAUAUUCAGUAGGUGAAGGGUGGCACCUAUUGGCCAUCUACACACAUUUUACAAUUCAGACUCAGUCCUUACUGAUGCUUCUUAACAAUUAUUUAUAUUUCCUUUUUUAUCUUAUUUUCUAAAGUAUAAAACCUACUCAAUGACACAGUAUUUUCAUAAAGUUACUAUUCUUAUUAAGGAUAAAGAGCCAAAUAUAUUAAGAAGUGAUAUGUUUUACAGAGAGCAAUACACAUCAGUUUAACAAUAAUAAACCAACCAAUAAAACAUUAUCAACAGACCUACAAUGCUGGACCUGCAUAUAUUAUUAUAAAUGGAUGUACUGAUUCAGAAAUAAUAUUCCAUCCAAGAGCCUGAGUCUUUUGCAUUGGAUUAAGCUAUCGCCAAAGAGUGCAUAUUUUUGACUGAGAACUGCCAUAAAACCCACAAUAGAUAUUCAGUCUUCCUGCAACCCAGACCUGUUCACUAUUCUUGAUGAGCGCUGUUCUUGUUGUGAAGCUAAGGGACAGAUUGAUUGUCCCAUUAUGUGAAUAUUAAUGAAAAGUAAAAGUAAACCAAAAUGGGACAGUCAAGUACCACAGUGCUUCAUAGUGAGAUAAUCAAAAAAUGGGCAACAUGUCAAAGAUGGAAAUAUUAGGAGGGUGUCCAAAACUUUAUCAAAUAAGUGGGUUUUAAGGAGAAUUUGAUGCAGGAGAGAAAUGGAGACAUAGAAGGGUUAGAAGGGAAUUCCAGAGUAUUAUGCCUAGAUGGUUGAAGGCACAGCUACUCAUGGUGAGGUCAAUGAGUUGUGGGUGGGUGGGGGUUGGGAUUGGAAAAAUACAGAGGAAUGGAGAGUUCGGGGAAGGUUGUUGAUAUGGAUGGAGGAGGGCACAGAGAUAGGGAGGGAUGAUGUCAUUGAGGGAUUUAAACAAGAAGAUGAGAAUUUUAUAAUUGAUGACAGGGAAAAUGACAUGUUUUGCCAUAAUUUCACAAUGUUUUCCACAAUUACAAAGAAGUGGACUAGAUGCCAAAAAAAAACAUUGGCCUGGAUUUAGCUUUAGUGGUGGCAGUAAGUGGCAUUAGAUGAAUUGCUACUUUGGAGAGCCAGGGCAGACACCAUGGGCCGAAUGGCCACCUUUGGUGGUGUAACUAUUCUGCGAACCUGUGAAUUUUUAUGAUUCCCAUUACUGUUUGCAGCUAACAAAUUAGAUUAUGUCAUUAUCUGCAGGGUGACAUUUCUGGCUACUUUUGCUCUUACUGAAGGACGAAUGGAAAGUUCAUUUCAGUGGUAAAUGGGGCCCUACUAGUAACAGCUGAAAUAUUUUUUGUACUGCCUGCUUGGAACACAUGACUAGAGUUUUCACUUAAAACAGAAUUCCAGCCGAGAAGAUUUUCAUCGUGCAUUUGAUUUUCUCACCACGCACUUUCUCUCCUGAAGUGAAACCUCUUGCUGGAGUAUGACAUCACAGGCCACUGCAGUCCCUUCCAGCACAGCAUCAAAAUGACUGCUCUUCAUAUGUUAAUGGGGUAUUUACAAUCGCUGCUGGUCCUAUCCCAUCUUCACACAAUGUCUACUCUCUAGCAGAUCCCACCAGUGGUCAGGAGCAGGAACGCUGCCCAUUUUCCCCCAGUUUGAAAAUACCAAGAUCAUUUGUGGUGUGCUAGCUGAGACCAAUUAAAUCAGCAUCGCACCCGAUACUUUCUUAUAUGUAUAGUCCUGUUCUGUUCCAUAUAACAUAGUCAGCUAUUGUGGAAUCCUUUUCUUAAAAAGGGAAAAUUAAUGAUUGGCAACUGCUUAAAGAAAGAAAAUCAGAAGAGAUACCAAUAGUUCCACUGUCUUCCCCCAAUCUGUGUCCAAUUUUAUCCAUUGAUACUAGAGAGACUGGAUAGGCUAGGGUUGUCUUCCUUAGAGCAGAGAAGGCAGACGGGGGACCUGAUUGAGAUAUACAAAAUUAUGAGGGGCAUAGAUAGGGUCGAUAGGACGAAACUUUUCCCUUUAGCCGAUAUGUCAAUAAUCAGGGGGCAGGAGGUUUAGAGGGGAUUUGAGAAACCAGAGGGUGGUUGGAACCUGGAACACACUGCCUGAGGGGGAGGUAGUGUUAGGAACCCUCACAACAUUUAAGAAGUAUUUA